CAUUCAGCUGCCUCGUCCUUCUGACAAAAAAAAAAAAACAAAUGACGCUGGUGGCGGGCUCCUACGAGAAGUUCAUUUGGGGCUUCUCCCUCAAAACCCUAAAACCCGGUGCCGGCGAAACCCUAGCCCUCAAGCCCCUCUUCUCCUACCCCUCACACACCGCCCCCAUCAAGUCCGUUGCUGUCGCCGGGCCCGUCGCCGCGUCUGGCGGCGCCGACGACGCCAUCAAGAUCUACGACCUCGCCUCCGCCGCCGAGCUCGGCAGCCUCCUCGACCAUGGCGGCGCAGUCACCGCUCUCGCCUUCUACACCUCCCCACUCGCCCCCUUCCUCCCCCGCAACCUCCUCAGCGCCUCCGACGAUGGCGCCGUCUGCAUAUAUGACGCCGAUCCCUUCGUCCACCUCAAGACCGUCUCCGCCCAUCGCCGGGGCGUCGUCGACCUCGCCGUCCACCCCUCUGGGAGGGUGGCGCUCACCGUGGGCCGGGACUCCUGCCUCGCCAUGCUCAACCUGGUGAGGGGAAGGCGGAGCUUCUCCUGCCGGUUGGCCCAGGAGGCGUCCAUCGUCAGAUACGAACCGGAGGGCGGGGAGAGGUUCUUCAUGGUGGCGGAGGAGAGAAUUUCGGUGCACGAUUCUGAGGACGCGAGGUUGAUCCAUGAGUUGGACGCCCCAAAGAGGGUCCUCUGCAUUGCACCUGCUGAGAAUGGACUACUUUUUACUGGUGGAGAGGACCGCUCUGUCACUGCUUGGGAUACAGCAAGUGGGAAGGUUGCAUACUGUAUUCAGGAUGCGCAUUCUACUCGUGUAAAAGGCCUUGUUGUUUUCAAGAAAAGUAGUGAUGGUCAGAAUUCUGAAAUAUCUAAUUUUAUAUCUUCUGCAUCAUCUGAUGGUGUCAUACGAAUUUGGGAUGUUCGGAUGACCUCAAAUGAGAAACCAAAUCCACUGGCAGAGGCAAACACAAAAUCUAGGUUGACUUGUCUUGCUGGUUCAUCUAUGAAAUGAUUGUGUUUUGGACUGGAAGACUCUGGCCAGACUGAUAUUAGCACUAUUAUCCAAGCCAUUUUUAAAGCUAGGAUCAGUUAUGAUAUUUUUGUACAUCAAAAGUGAAGCAGUUAAAAUUUUCUCCAAAUCAGGAUCACGUGGGAUGUAUUGUAGGAUGAAACAUGAGCAUACAUUCAGGGGAAAAAGAAAUGGCUAUUUUAUUUCGUUCUGUAGUAAUGACCUUAAUGAAAUGAAUUCACUUUUCGUUUUCUAUUCAAGCUGAUGAACGCUAAUUUUUAGCUUUGUACAA